AUGGCUGCAGACUUGUCUACCACCAAACUCAACGCAGACAGCCAUGUCUUGCUGGACCAGCCUCUCCUCCGCCUCCCACAUGAACUCGUCAAACGAAACUUCAGAAAUACCCAACGCUAUGUAGAGCGGGAGAGAGACUACAUCCUUCCCGCCCUCAAAGACACCGCGAAUGCCGCACUCAGUUCAUCCCAAACCACGGAGCAGACGCUCGCCUCACUCGACGCCAUGAUUCAAAGAAUGGAGAACUUCAAACGCAAGUUGGAAAAACUACACGUUGAGGAAGAGGCUCUCCAUGACCAUUCAGCCAAGAGAAUCAAGCAUCUGCAAGACCUAUAUGACAUACCAUCUCUGGUGGACGUAAAGUAUGACCAGUGGUCCCGGACCCGUCUCGACCGGUUGAUUGUCGACUAUCUUCUGCGGUCGGGCUACUCAAAAACAGCCAUCUCGCUGGCCGAGACCAAACAGAUCGCGCAUCUGAUUGACCUUGAUACAUUUGUUACCUGCCAUAAGAUUGCUUCGUCACUCACCCGCGGCGAAACUAGGGAGGCCCUUGCCUGGAUCAACGAGAACAAAAAUUCCCUCAAGAAACUCAUUACAGCGCCUCACAAAACCACCGAUCUCGAAUUUGAGCUCCGUUUUCAACAAUUCAUUGAGCUGGUCCGCGCAGGGACAACCGCAAAGAAACUUGAAGCGAGAGCACAUGCCCAACAACACCUGACACCGCAUGCUGCGUCGCGAGGAGAGUCCAUCAUGCAAGCAGCUGGUUUAUUAGUGCAGUCACCCGACACGCAAGCUGAACCAUAUCGCACACUGUUUGCCCCAUCACGGUGGCACCACUUGUCCAACUUGUUCGUUGAAACACACCAUACGUUGCUAUCUCUACCAAUACAACCACUCCUUCACGUUGCGCUGUCAGCCGGUCUUUCAGCAUUGAAAACUCCCACAUGUCACAGUGCCUACAACCCUGCCAGCUCUUCAACCACCGGUCACGCUCGUAUUGCGACGAACUCGUCGUUGUGCCCCAUCUGCAGCACGGAGCUAAACCAGCUGGCACGCAAUGUCCCUUAUGCACACCACACUACAAGCUCUGUGGAACCGGACCCUGUCGUCUUACCGAACGGGCGUAUCUACGGCCGCGAGCGGCUGGAAGAGUUGCAGCGGAAACUUGUCAUGGCUGGUGGCGGCGGAUUAGGUGGCGACGGCGGCUUGCAUGAGCUACAAAUUGGCAAGGAAGGAGAAGUCAGAGAUCCCACGACUGGUCAAAGUUUCACUUGGGAUCAGGUCAAGAAGGUCUAUAUUAUGUGA